UGAAAAUCGCGAAAUCCUGUUGUGUUGUACUUUUAUGCUACCUCAGUUCAGUAUAUUAUAUUACAAUCUGUGAUUACGAAUCGUCACGACCGCAGUGAAAAAUAUUUUGAGAAUAGCUAAAACAAACUAUUCGUUUAAUAUUUAGUGCAGUGUUGGUUGUUGAAGUGUUUAUAUUCGUUUCGUGGUGAAAUAUAUUCAAAUCUCAUACGGUCUUUACAAUAAAAAGAAAAUCGAUGAGAUUGUGUGUCGUUCAUUAGAUGAGACAAUAUGUGGAGUGUUGAUUACGAAUGACGUCUGAUUGGAAACAAAAGGCCAACGUAGUUAGAAUACAUUUAUAAAAAUCCAUAACCAGUAUGGGUUCAACGGAGACGAUCAACGUGACUGCGCAGCCUAUCGCUGCUGCGGUGCACGAGAUGUUCAAGCCGCUGCAGCAGCCGGUCUUCCUGCAGACCACCUCUGCGAAGGUCAUUACUGGCAUCUGCGUGUGGACUGCGCUAUUCAUCACUUGCCAACAGAUUUACCAACACUUGCGCUGGUACACGAACCCGUCGGAGCAGCGUUGGAUCGUGCGUAUUCUGUUCAUCGUACCGAUUUAUGGCUGCUAUAGCUGGAUCUCGCUGCUAUUCUUCAACGGAGACUCUUAUUAUGUCUACUUCUUUACUGUCCGAGAUUGCUAUGAAGCAUUCGUGAUCUACAGUUUCCUAUCACUGUGUUACGAGUACUUGGGUGGUGAGGGGAACAUAAUGUCGGAGUUGCGCGGGCGACCGGUCCGUGCUUCGUGUGUCAACGGAACUUGCUGUCUUAGCGGAGCAACAUACACCAUCGGCUUCUUACGUUUCUGCAAACAAGCCACACUGCAGUUCUGUCUCAUAAAGCCGCUUUGCGCAUUCAUCAUUAUAUUCUUACAGUCAGCGGGACACUACCACGACGGUGACUGGAGCCCCAACGGCGGUUAUUUGUACAUUACGAUCGUGUACAACUUCUCUGUCAGUCUCGCGCUGUACGGCCUCUUCCUCUUCCUCGGCGCCACCAGGGAGAUGCUCAAGCCCUUCGAUCCUGUACUCAAGUUCUUCACCGUCAAGUCCGUCAUCUUUUUGUCCUUCUGGCAAGGCGUGGCCCUGGCUAUCCUGGAGAAGGCGGAGGUGAUCUCCCCGCUGGUGGACGCGAGCGGCGUGCCGACGACUGCGGGUACGGUGUCUGCGGGCUACCAGAACUUCCUCAUCUGCAUCGAGAUGUUGGCCGCGGCGGUGGCGCUGCGCUACGCCUUCCCCGCCGCCGUCUACGCCCCGCACCGCGACCCGCACCGCUCCGUCACCAUGCAGUCCAUAUCCUCCAGCCUCAAGGAGACAAUGAACCCGAAGGACAUUAUGACAGACGCUUUCCAUAAUUUCCACCCGCAAUACCAGCAGUACACGCAAUACAGUUCUGUGAUGCGCAGCGCGGGUGUAGGCAAGCGAUCCGGGGAGGAGGGCGCGGCGCUGGCGCCCCGCCCGCCGCAGCGCGUCGCCACCAUCAGCCAUGCCAACCACGAGAAGACUACACUCCUCAGCUCCGACGACGAGUUCCAGUGAACACACGGUUUAAGACUAUAUUAAUCGUUUAAUGCUGACCUAAACAGUCGCUUAGUGUGGAUUUCUCUUACUAAAUCUACUCUAAGCGGCUAAAAGAUCUAACUUAAAAUCGAUUUGGAAAAUAUCGAUAAAAAUCUGUCAAAGAAUUUCAAAUUGCCCCGAAUAGAUAUAUGUUAAUUAACGAGAUAUAUUAACUUUAUUUAUUUCAAUUAACGCUACACCAGUCUAAUCGAAAUUAUCACUAAAUUAAACAAAGUUCUUUUUUCAAUGUUGUUUGACAGCUGUCAAAUUGUAGUAACUGACAGUUGUCAAAAGGGCUUAUUGUUUAUGCAGUCUGGAUAACUAUAACUAACAGCGACUUAAAGAUUGUCUAAAAUUUAAUACAAAUGAUUUUUUUAAUCCUUUUGUGACAUUUAUAAUGAAGACGAAUUAAUGGAAAUCGUUCGAAAUCUACAAUUGAGCAAAAAACAAUUCAUAAACGUUAAAAGUGCAAAACCAUAUGCCUCUAAAUUAUAAUAGGAUUUGGAUUCUAAUAAUGAUUUAACUGUAUAAAAAUAUAUACAGCUAUUUAAUAUAUAGAAUAUUAGUUGUGAAAAAUAUAAUAUAUGUAGUCCGACAUCAUGUACAUUAAAAUAAUAUUAGCAAAUUUAGUUACUCGAAUUCUGACGUCACAAAUCUUUCUAUAGAAUAUAUUUUUGAAUAAAAUAUUAAUAUUCCCACAAUGGUACUGAAUAUUUGAGAGUAAUUUUAGGAUGUUUUAGAGAUACUAAAGCCGAAAUUAAAACCACUUUUACCGAAGUUGCUAUAAUUAUAAAUGUGGUCACUGCCUUAAAAUGUUCAAUUUGAUAUGUAUUUAAAACACAUUACAAGUUCACCAGAUUUGCCUGCGUUAAUGCGAUAUCAUAUAAUAAAGUUUAUUGCUCAUUAAAUCCUACGGCUGCCCGUUGUCGGUUGUUGCGGCAAAGCCCUGCCUGGGACUAUUGGGAGAUAAGAUAACCUUUGAACUACAUUCUACGAUGGACCACAUUAACGCUUCUUUUAAUAAUGAUUAGAUGUUUAUAUUAUUAAAGCAUUAUUAAGCUUGAUUUUAAUAAAAAAGCACCGCUUCGCCGUCCAAUUUAUUAAUCUUGGCAGAAAUAUGACAAAAUUAUUUAGGUUUUUGACAUCCGAUCGCUUUGUACACUUACAAAAUAGAGCAUAAAAUUUAUAGAUUAUAAAACUUUGAAAAGAAAAUUUUUGGUAAAUACAAUUUU